GUGCGUCCAAUGCAUGACACUUUGACAUCGCGAAAGGCUACCGCGUAGAUUCUCACUCUUUCGCUCUUGCUCACAAAUAUUUAUCUCAAUCCUCAGCUGUGCGGAACGUACCUCAGUGUGUCGGUGUCAAGUUGUAAGCAGUUACAAGAGUGUUACGGAACAAAGCUCCCAGGGACGCGCAAGCGAAAAGGCUUCCAAUUAAUCGUUGUUGACGUUGUUAUUGUCAUGCUUGAUGCAUUGUUUUAUUAAGUUUUGAGAUCAUAUAUUUAUCUGUUGUACACCUGUGUGUGGCGAAGAUGUCAUUUAGGACAAAGAUCUACGUUUGUCGCUGCUGAAGAUAGUUGUGUCUGAUCAUUAAUAGAAAUAACAUCCGCCUCGCAGAGUCUACGAUGAUUCGCCGUUUGCCACCACACGAUGUUACAGUUCUUUAGGAAAGCCGGACAUAAGGAUAAAACCAAGUCUUCACACAGUUCCCCCACAAAGUCUCAUACAAGUCGAGAAGAGCUAAUUGGAGAUGGAUUUGCAGCUGCUUCCAAUGUGGCAUCACCAAGCUCAUUAUGCAGCUUCGAGGAGGAAGAGGAAGAUGAUGUGCUUGAAGAUGCCAAACAUCAAUUUAACAACUUUCGUUCACAGCUCUCAAAAACAUUACCUGAAAUCCUUGCAGAUAAAGGUGCAUUGGGAUAUUUUAUUCAGUUUAUGGAGUGGAGGAAAGAGACAGCAUUGAUUAAGUUUUGGUUGGAAUUGGAAUGUCUUUGUGGUGCUUAUACAACUAUAGGAGCUUUAAAUAUUAAGGAUGAAAGUUCUAAAAAUUCCAGGGAGCUUAUUAAUUCUAAACUCAAUACAGAAGGUAUUGAUAAUUGUGCCUGUAGCAUAAUAUCCAAUAGCAUUAAUGAUCUUGAACUUGAUACUUCGUCAUUAGAUUGUAAUGUAAAUAGUUCUGUACACAGUUUGCCAUCUUUAAGUACUGUCAACAAAAACAAAUCAAAUUCUAACCCACCAAAGAAUAGCUCAAUAAUAAAUAGUGAAUACAAAAGAAAUUGCAAAUUCAGAGAAUACAAAGAUUCAUCAUUAUUACAGCAAGAUGCAAUUCGUAUAUAUAAGAAAUAUUUGGCAAAAGAUACUCUUGGUACCAAUCGCAUUAUAGAAGAAUUAAAACAAAAUAUAAAGAAAUCUGCAAUGACUGAAGAUACCGAAAUAACACUGAAAUAUCUAACAGAAGCCCAAAAAAUAGUAUAUGAUAUUUUGGAAAAAGAAUAUAUCAACGAUUUUUUGAGAAGUGAUUUUCACUGUAAACAUCAAAUUGAUGUUUUGACCAGUGGUAAUGUACAGAUGGCAGAUAUAUUAUAUAAUGAAACUGCCUUCUUUUACUUUAUGGAGUUUAUGGAAAUAGAAAAUAAACGCGAACUUUUGGACUUUUGGAUGACUGCGAUGAAUUACAAACAAAUUUUACUAGAAAAAGGAGCUAUGGCUGAUCAAACAGAUGCUCAAACUGAUGCUCUCAUAAUCUAUGACAAAUAUUUCAGUUUACAAGCGACGAUGCCUUUAGGAUUUACGGAUAAAAUUCGAUUCCAAGUUGAACAAAAUAUUUGUCGGGAGGAUGGAAAAGCUCCUCAACCAGAUUGUUUUGAUCAACCAUGUUAUAUCGUCUAUAAUUUCCUAGAUAAGCAUUACCUUCCAUCAUUUUUACAAUCUCAAUUGUUUUAUAAAUAUUUGUCAGAAUUGAUAAAUACUGUUCAAAAUAGUAAUUAUCCCGUUUAUCACCCGUCACUUCGGAGAGCAGGGUCUGAUUGCAGUAGUGAAAUGAGCUCUAUUAGUAAUGUCACAAGCCCCAUAUUAACAAAAAGUGAAGAAAAAAAGCAAUCAAGGUACAAUUCAUUCAAUGGAGGAAUGAAUAUUGACACUAAACAGCUUUACGAUCCUGACUCUUUAUGGAAAAGAAACAAAUCAAGCCUGAGCGUUGGUUACGUUGACAGUAUGGGAAGAUUUGUAACUGAAAUUGAACCCGAUCCAUAUCGUAAAAAUGAUAGAGAAUCACGAUUAUCACGAGCUGUUAAAAGACUGGUACACAUCGAACAAAACGAGACGAAAGAAGAAUCUGCGUGGAAAAUAGCCGAAAUGAUAGUUCGCGAUGUUACAUCGUUGACACUUGGAGCAACUGAUCUUCCAUCUUAAUAGGACUGAUUUUGAGCUGCUCAACAAGCAACAUUUAAGGACAUGUUUACAAUUAAUUAUUAAUUUUUGAAAAAAAUAGAUUUGUGUUCGAAUUCAAUCAAUGCUCAACGAAAACAAGCAGUGCUUCUGAUAAUUUUUUUUAUAAAAUUUUAACAAGUAGAAAUUUUUUAAAUCAUUGUUACAAUGUACAAGGAGUUUUUUUAGUUAUUUACGUUUAAUAGCACAAAAUAAUUUCUUGUAUCAAGAAGCGCUUAUUUCCGUCUUGGUAAUUUUCCUGUGAUCAUGAAAUUUUAUACUUUUUAAAACUUUUUGAAACCGAUGGGUUCGAUGAAUUUGUCGAUCUUUUUGAAUCGACAAGAGACCUUCCAUGAUGAUGAGAUUAUUAUGAAGUAUUUUAUUAUUAUUUACAAAAGUUAUUAGAUUAAAAAAAAAUAAAUUUUGUUGUAAAGUUGAAGUUCAAGAAGAGCAUAGCAUGACCUAUCAAUCACUAUGUGUAUUUUGUGAUAUGCACUUGUAAUGCAUCAAAAUAGUAUGUUACAUGUCACCUAAUUAAUAAUGAAGUUUCAUCGCCUGAGUAAUAUUAUUAUUCUUUUAAUGAGUAAACGUUGAUUAUUAGAUUGAUUAAAUUAUUUAAAAAUGUUCUAUAAGCCUUAAUAAUCAUUAGUAAUUAUUCAAAAGUUUCCACCAGAAACUAUAAACUAAAUUAUUAAUGACCUAAAAAGAAAGAGAGGACUAUUAGAGAGGAAUAAAAAUAUUUCAUGAUAUCAGAGAAUAAUUUAUUUGCAUAAAAAAAAAAAAGAAAAACAAAGCAAGAAUAAAAAUUAAGAUGACCUAUAUUUUCUUAAAAUACAUUUUUACACGGUGCUAAAACUAUUAAAUGGACGGCGAUGGUGAGUCGUAUAAUCAUUUGUAAAAAACAUAAGUUAUAUGUAAAUAAAUACGCUCGUUUCGAUACUUUCACACUGUACGAAUACAUAGUAUAUAAAUAAUUUUUAAUGUAAAUUAUCAUAGAUAAAGAGCAUAGUUACGAUUAUGAUUUGCAUAUGAUCUAAAAAAAGAAAAUCAUAGUUACAUCGCCUGUGUAUAUAUAUAUAUAUAAACUAAUUAACUUGUAAAAUAUAGCGAUCCUAUUUGGUUCCGGGUGAAUAAAACUAUACAUUCAAUAAAGAGAAAACAUACUUCUUCUUAAAAAAAGUCCCACAGUCUCUAUUUCAUAAAUUUUUCGAUUUGACGAAUCUUAUUAUUAGCAUUAGUAUAUGUACACGCGUUUAUUUUGUUCGGGUUAUUGGCU